AUGCUGCCACCAGUCCCAAAGAAGCCCCCAAAAUUUGAGGUUUCCUUCUCCUUGCUGUCUCUUGCCAGCUGGACUUGAGCUCCUGACCAAGUGACCUGUUGCUUUGCUGCCAAAUACUAACUCAGCAACCACCGCUUUGCUCCUAAAAGGAAGUACACGCUUGAAACUGUUUCACUUGGCAGCUUCACCCACACGGCUUGCUUUGCUUACGUAGUCGCCCUGCUCUCCCCACAACUAUAUGCAAAGAGGAUUUCACGAGAUCUGAGGCACUUUAGUGAGUGUGUUCUCCAUUUCCCUGCAGGCAAUCGUCAUGACAUUCUUCAUCACUAUCAUCAGGAAAGGAUUCCUUCUGACAUUGGGCUUGGCAGGCUUCCUCAUCCUGAGCUAUACUCUGUACAGGAGGGUGUUCAAGGUAAGAGGGGGGUGGGCAUAAGUUGCAGACAGAGCAUUUUCUCUGUCUGAAAGAAAUCCUAUGUUCAUAACAACAACAACAACAACAACAACAACUUUAUUAUUUGUACCCCACCCAUUUGACUGCGUUGCCCCAGCCACUCUGGGCAGCUUCCAACAUAUAUAAGAACAUAACAAAACAUUAAAAACUUCCCUAUACGGGGCUGCCUUCAAAUGCCUUGUAAAGGUUGUAUAGUUAUCUCCUUGACAUCUGAUGGGAGGGUAUUCCACAGGGAGAGCACCACUGCUGAGAAGGCCCUCUUCCUGGUUCCCUGUAACUUCACUUCUCACAGUGAGGAAACUGCCAGGAGGCCCUCAGAGCUGGACCUCAGUGUCCAGGCUGAAUGGUGGGGGUGGAGACACUCCUUCAGGUAUACUAGGCCGAGGCCAUUUAGGGCUUUAAAGGUCAGCACCAACACUUUGAAUUAUGCUUGGAAAUGUACUGGGAGCCAAUGUAGGUCUUUCAGGACCAGUGUUAUAUGGUCUCGGCGGCUACUUCCAAUCACCAGUCUAGCUGCCGCAUUCUGGAUUUGUUGCAGUUUCUGAGUCGCCUUCAAAGGUAGCCCCACAUAGAGCGCAUUGCAGUAGUCCAAGCGGGAGAUAACCAGAACAUGCACCACUCUGGUGAGACAGUCCAUGGGAAGGUAGGGUCUUAGUCUGUGUACCAGGUGGAGCUGGUAGAUAGCUGCCCUGGACACAGAACUGACUUGUGCCUCCAUGGACAGCUGUGAGUCCAAAAUGGCUCCCAGGCUGCACCUGGUCAUUCAGGGGCACAAUUACCCCAUUCAGGACCAGGGAGUCACCUGUUCAGCCCCCAACCUCACAAGCGGCAGAGCUGCUGGUCAGAGGGAAGGGGAGAUGGACCAAGGGUCUUAUUUGGAAUCUGACAUCUUUGUAUGAAGGGCACUUUGUUCCUAGAUACCCCAGCUCAUAUAUGCCCAGUUGAUAUUACAGAGGACUCAGUGUCUGUGAAGUUUUCAAGAACUCUCUCUCUCUCUCUCUCUCUCUCUGUGUGUGUGUGUGUGUGUGAGAGAGAGAGAGAGAGAGAGAGAGAGACUCAGCAAUUCUGAAUUCUGUUUCCUUAUCAUUUGCCUUCUCUUGUUUCUCUUUCAAGAUCACUCUCUUUGGAGAUCACAUGCAGGAACCGGGGGAUUUUCUAGGUGCUUUGGAAACAAAUGAAGACUUUUGCCUUAGAUUCACGGGGAAUAGGAUUUGUCAGACAGAGAAUGCAGCCCAGUGCAGGACUAGGGUGCAGCGGUGGAAAAAAGAGCAGGAGGUAAAGGAAAUCCUUAUGAAACUGGACCAGAUAAUGCCCAGCAUCAGUUUCACAGAUAUAAUGACCACCACAAGUGCCAGGAAUAGCAAGGCCACCAUAUUAAACCAAAAGGGUUCUUAUUGCAUUGGAGAUUCCUUGAUAGUUCGACUGGAUUUGUACAACCACUUGGGGAAGAGAAAGGAAUACGGAGGAGAUUUCUUACGAGCGAGGAUCUACUCUUCAAGUCUUAGGGCUGGAGCUUCUGGGCGCAUCACAGACUAUAAGAAUGGGACAUACCUGGUCAAUUUCACUUUAUUUUGGGAGGGCGAUGUCAGAGUGUCCAUCUUGCUCAUCCACCCCAGCGAAGGAGUUUCUGCACUGUGGGCUGCGAGGAAGAAAGGCUACGACAAAAUAGCUUUUACAGGCACAUUUUUAAAUGGAACAUCACGCGUCUGCACCAAAUGUGGUUUUGUCAUAGAGAGAAACGCAGAACUGUGCGAGUAUCUGGAUGAACGAGACCAAGAAGCCUUCUACUGCGUAAAACCAAAGAAUGUGCCCUGUGAAGCAUUUGUUCUCCUGACGACUGACAACAAGCCCAUCACCUACCUCACAUCCUUGGAGCAGAGCCUUUUUAGGAGGUGUUUGCAAUUCCAUAUCAGACCUAUAGCUUAGACAGCAGUGCACUGGUUGUGAGUGUGGGCAGAUUUAUUAAAACUCAUUUGGGCAGCUGAAUAUAAAUAUUGGUGGGAAAGGGGCAGGUGGGUCCCUUUUGUGAGGACCUUGGAGCAGUCUGGGGAUCACAGAGGUAGAAGUCCAAACAAAACUGGGAGAGAAACCUUGAAGCUUUAUCACAGCUCAGUACAUGAGUCAUCUGCACCAUUAACUUCUCUCUCUUUGGGUUAAAGCAGAGGGAACUCAGUGGCCCUCCAAAUGUUGUUGGACUCCAACUCCCAUCAGUCCCAGCUACCAUGACCAAUGGGAUGAUGGGAAUUGGAGCCCACCAACAUCUGGAGAGCUACAGUUUCUCUUCCCCACACCUGAGUUAAAAGGUAAAGGUAAAGAACCCCUGACAGUUAAGUCCAGUCGCAGACAACUUUGGGGUUGCAGCGCUCAUCUCGCUUUACUGGCUGUGAGCUGGCGUUUGUCCGCAGACAGUUUUUCCAGGUCAUGUGGCCAGCAUGACUAAGCCACUUCUGGUGCAACCACAGCAGCGCACGGAAACGCCAUUUACCUUCCCGCCAGAGUGGUACCUAUUUCUCUACUUGCACUUUUCUUUUUCUUUUUUUGGCAUGCUUUCAAACUGCUAGAUUGGCAGGAGCUGGGACUGAGCAACGGGAGCUCACCCCGUCGCAGGGAUUCGAACCGCAGACCUUCUGAUCGACAAGCCCAAGAGGCUCAGUGGUUUAGACCACAGCGCCCCCGCGUCCUUUCACGCCUGAGUUAGAGACCCUCAAAUAUAGCGUGGAACAGAACCAUUUCCAGAAAAGAAGCUACACAGUAUUUGGGAUCUGCCAGGGCCAAUCUGGCUUUCAAUGAUUGCAAAAUGCUACAAGUUUGCCAAGGAGUCCUUUGGCUGUUUCAAACCCCCUUCCCCAUAAAUUUGCUUGCAAUUAUUUCAUUCUUAUGCAAGUGCCCUUGCCAGAUUUCCUGCAGCAGUCUUCUCCGGAAGAUGGUUUUGUUUCUCAUACCUAGCAAUAGGUACCCAGUGCUGACCCAAGAUGCUUUGCUGUCUGAUGUAUAAGACAAGGCCACCCCUCUCCCUCCAUAACCUGCAGAAGCCAACCGGACUCGCCCUUGAAUGGUGGCAAUGGGACAGAGUCCUCCAUCAUACCCAAGGACACUUUUUGCCAGCAUGAUCCCAACACAUGCAUGACGCACGUGUAAGGUAAAGGUAAAGGGACCCCUGACCAUUAGGUCCAGUCGUGGCCGACUCUGGGGUUGCAGCGCUCAUCUUGCUUUAUUGGCUGAGGGAGCCGGCAUACAGCUUCCGGGUCAUGUGGCCAGCAUGACUAAGCCGCUUCUGGCAAACCAGAUCAGCGCACGGAAACACCAUUUACCUUCCUGCAGGAGCAGGGACCGAGCAACGGGAGCUCACUCCGUUGUGGGGAUUCGAACUGCCAACCUUCUGAUCGGCAAGUCCUAGGCUCUGUGGUUUAACCCACAACGCCACCUGCGUCCCUGUGACGCAUGUGUAGAGAAGGUCAAAUAGAGGCAAAGAAGCAUUCUUAUUUCCUAUGCACUCAUUUGCCAUUCUCUUCUGUCUUUGAAGGGACAACAUUGGGAUCGAGAUACCACAAAGUUUUGGGGAGAUUCGUGUCCUAUCCUGUAACAGUAAGUUGUCUUUUUAACCAACACGGGUUUCUUUGAUGAAUGGUGCAUGGCUUAGCACCAGUUGUAGUGACACUGUGCCACCAGAUCUGAUGUAAACUCUCCCCAUUCCUCAGAACUAUUUCUUUCAAGCAUGCUAAACACUUUUGGAGAGAUUGCCGCUCAGUGGCAGAACAUCGGCUUUGCAUGCAGAAGGUCCCAGGUUCAAAUUGUGCUUCCUGUCCAGAUAGAACCAGGGAAAACUCCAGUAUGAAAUUCUGGAACACUGCUACCAGCUAGUGUAGGCAAUAAGGACAUAGAUGGAUCAAUAGUCUGACUUAAAAGACUCUGGGCUGUAUUUAGUGCUAGUAUUACUCAGAGUAGACCCAUUGAAGUCCUAUCUGCUGUGCAUCUAAAAAGAACAAAGCUUUGGAGGAAGAGGGAAAUCCACAGGAGUCCCUAAUCUAAGCAGUAUCUCAGAUCUCAGUCUCUCACAUAAUUCUUCAAUGAUAUUGAAGGGUCCUGUCCUUUUGAACUCAAAGUGCCAGGGGCACACCAUAUUCCAAAGAUGCUUACCGUAAAUCCCACACAAGGAAACUGAAGCUCCAGAAACCCAGCUCUUUCCAUGUUCACCACCAAAUAUCCCUCAUCUGUUUCUGUUAGGAAGUACAACGAUGAUGGCAAGAGACAAAUGCACGAUCGGGAUGAACUUGCCCGUUCCCAGCGGCUAUGCCUUGCAGGAGGUUUGGCACCCGCAGUUUUGCUCCGUAUCUGAUUUUAGCACUCUGGAUCGAAUCCAGGAAUGCCUGAAGAAGAAGAAGAUUUAUCUCAUGGGGGAUUCAACGUUAAGGCAAUGGAUCUAUUACCUUACUGAAAAGGUGGCAAGUACGUUCUCCUGGUAUGCGGGUUGCCUUCAGAUUUGCUCUGAGCACCCUUCGCUUUUGGCUUCAGCUUCGCAUCCCAUUCCCAUUCGUAUACAUAUUGGUUGCAGUUGAUGAUUUACUGCAAGUAAUUAAUGGACAGCACAGUUAAUUAGCGCAUGAUAAUGCCACGGUUGCAGGUUUAUCCCUGUAUGGGACAACUGCAUUUUCCUGCACUGCAGAGGGUUGGACUAGAAUUCAGGCAUGGCCAAACUUGGCCCUCCAGCUGUUUUGGGACUACAAUUCCCAUCAUCCCUGACCACUAGGUCCUGUUAGCUAGGGAUGAUGGGAGCUGUAGUCCCAAAACAGCCGGAAGGUCAAGUUUGGCCAUGUCUGGCCUAGAUGAUCCUCAGGGUCCCUUCCAACUCUACGAUUCUAUGAAGUUGUGGCCAACUUUUAAACCCAGCUAUUGCUAUCUGCCUCUUCCUUGCUAGCCACAAGGGUAGGGUAGACUCCCUCCCCAUGGACUUGAUCUGCAGAGUCUAGAGCCCACAUGCUCUUUCUCUGAUACACAUUAAACACAAACUUAGCUACAAUGAAUGAAGAAGAAUAAAAGUGCUCUCCCCAUUGAGGACCCAAAACUGCCAUUAAAAGUUGGGUCCACAUCAAUGCUACCAAUUGACACCACUUUUCAAAUAGUAGGACGCCUGAUUCCCUUUUUUAGGUACAAGAGCUGGUUGGCCCCCUUUCCCCCUUUCAAACUCUCUUCCUUUUAUUGUUUGCUAGCAUUGAAGCUCUUUGAUCGCCACAGUGCUGGGCCAUUCAAAACGCACAUAGCUUUGGAUCUGGAGAGGAGCACUUUCAUUCAGUGGAAAAGACACGGGAACCCUUUUGUCUCUAGGAAACUUUUCUCUGUAAAGGAUGGCAAUUACAUCACCAAUGAAAUUGACAGGCUGGCUGGGGACAAAGACACGGUCAUUGCCAUCACUCUGGGCCAGCACUUCCGCCCUUUCCCUAUGGAUCUUUUUGUGAGGAGGCUGCUUAACAUCCGCCGAGCCAUCCACCGCCUACUUCUGAGAAGCCCAGAAACAAGAGUCAUCAUCAGGACAGAGAACACCCGGGAGAUGGACACAGACAUGGAGCGGUUGGGUGAUGUCAAUGGCUACCCCCAAAACCUUGCCAUAAUGGACAUCUUCCAAGGUCUGAAUGUUGGUUUCAUAGAUGCCUGGGACAUGAACAUUGCUUACGCCAUUUAUGACGUCCAUCCACCUGACCAUGUGAUCUGGAACCAAAUCAUUAUGUUUUUAACAUACAUCUGUUAGUUUAGGGAAGAGAGGGUUGGAGACAGACAGUACAAAGUUCCAGUCUAUCAGGAAACUUAAUGAAGAUGGAUGAGGGCAGUCACACUGAUUUAUUUCCCUAAGUCCUCUUGACAUUUGAUCACUUGGAGAGCGAAUAUCAGUUCAGGUCUGGGUGUGGAGAAGUCCGUCAAACUUACUAAGCACUUAGGUCCAAGGAUGGGUUGGUACCCCAAAUAUCCUCUGUCUACCCCUACCCACAACAACAAAAAUCCUACAAUGUUCACAGAUUCAUCCCAUGUCUGGAACAGAAAUCAAUCCAGUGAAUGCAACUGCUAUUUGCUCUUGUUUCCAGUCCACAAAUGAUACAAAAUUUGAUGAGAAAGUAAAGCUGGUUUUGUCUGCUUCUGAGCAACUGACCACUGGCCUUGCUAGAUGGGACUAAUGGAAGUUGCAGUGCAGCAACAUCUGCUAAGGCACUAGGUUUGAGGAAAGCUGCCUGGAGCAGGGGUGCCAACUCACCCUCAGGAUUGUGGGUGCCCGCCAAUGCAACGUGGUCGUGUCACAUCACACACAUGCCUGCACAUAGUGCGUGUGACGUCACACGCACCAUGUGCAGGUGUGUCUUUGUGUGUGAUGUUGCAUGCCUGCAUUUCAGUGGCGGCAGCUUCCCUCAGAAAAAGGUGCUUCACUGGCUGGCUGCAGAGGACAGAGCUGAACUACUCCUCUCUCAGAGGCAGCCCAGCUGCCGCCUGCCAGCUUUUCUCACUGACUUUGUGUGUACCCAGCACCCACAAUUACCGUAUUUUUCGCUCUAUAACACGCACCCGACCAUAACACGCACGUAGUUUUUAGAGGAGGAAAAUCCAUAGGCAUGCCACCCGUAGGCAUUCCCUCCAUAACACGCACAGACAUUUCCCCUUACUUUCUAGGAGGAAAAAAGUGAGUGUUAUGGUGCAAGAAAUAUGGUAUAUUUUUGUGGGUGCCCAAACACCCAUGGCCCCCUGGAGUUGGCUCCUAUGGCCUGGAGUCAAAGAGAAGUUUUUAACUUGCAGCAGGUGCAUAACUCACUGAGAAAGCAUCUGUUAAGACAUAACAUGCUUAGCUCCACAAAACAAUUGCCCUAUAAAUAUUUUUCCAAAGUGCUGUGAACUUGCCUUGCUAUAAUAUAAUAAUAAUAAUAAUAAUAAUAAUAAUAAUAAUAAUAAUAAUAAUAAUUUAUUUCUACCCCAACCAUCUGGCUGCUUCCACUCUGGGCGGCUUCCAACAAAGAUUAAAAAUACAUUAAAAUGUCACACAUUAAAAACUUCCCUAAACUAAGGUUACCAGAUUUUUUCCCCCAAUGAAUCCCGGGACACUUUUCAACUUCAGUGGAUUUUGUAUGGGGACUGAUUUGUAAAUCCAGGGACUGUCCCUGGGAAAGGGGGCAUCUGAUAACCUUACCCUAAACAGGGCUGCCUUCAGAUGUCUUCUAAAUGUCAGGUAGUUGUUUAUUUACUUAACAUCUGAUGGGAGGGCAUGCCACAGGGCGGGGGCCACUACUGAGAAGGCCCUCUGCCUGGUUCACUGUAACCUCACUUUUUGCAGUGAGGGAACUGCAAGAAGGCUCUCGGAGCUGGACCUCAGUGUCCGGGCAGAAUGAUUGGGGUGGAGACGCUCCUUCAGGUAUACUGCGCUGAGGCCACUUAGGGCUUUAAAGGUCAGCACCAACACUUUGAAUUGCGCUUGGAAACAUACUGGGAGCCAAUGUAGGUCUUUCAGGACCGGUGUUACAUGGUCUUGUAUGUUAUACAAACAUAGCCUUGUGACAGCAUUGCAUCUCUCAGAUUUGACACCCUCCAUUUCAACUGUGCAAGAGAUCCUCUCCCUCCCCACCCCACACAGUUGGGCAAGCAUUGCUCCUUACAAAAUCUGGAUAGUGGGCAAUUGCUGCAAAACAUUUCAUGUUUAUCAAAGGAGCACCUUUCACUUUCAGUGUUCUUUCUCUGUGGUUCGUCUCCACCUCCUUCACUUUCACUAGCAUUUCACCAAUUAGUUGUGGCAUCACAUGUGAUCUCACAAAUACUGCUGUUGGACCCCUGAAAACAAAAUUUGAUGGGAUGUUGCAGCCAAUCACAUAAGGCAGGAUAGAGAGGAAGGAGGAGGGGAAAUGAAGUCAGUGAAAAAAGGUGCUAGCAAAGGAUGCUAAUCAUCUUGUGCAGCUGGUAGCAGAAGUGAAUUCACUUCUAAAGUUAGAUGUUUUAGAGCUGAAGGCUCCUUGGAAUUCCAAAGUUGGGGAUGGUGGUGGAAAAUAUGCAGAGGUCUUCAUUUUGGGAUUUACUUUCACAGUCUGCAUCUGUACUAGAAUUGUUUUUGGAUGUUUUAACUGUUAAGUCACUUGGGCUCCCUUGGGAGGAAAAAUGGGAUAUAAAUUUAAAAGAAUUAUAAUACUGCAGAGCUGAGCCCUGCCAUUGGAAAGCAAGAGUGCUCCUGAGUCAACUGUCAGAUCUUUAAAUAAAAAAAACCAACCCAAUGGUUGAAUGUUAGAAUUGUGAAAUGUUUUGGAAUUGUAUUGUGAGACAAGGUUGUGCUGAGUAUAGACAGCUGUUGGAAUUAAAUAGAGCGAGUAAAACUGCAAAGAAAUUUCUGUUGCUCAAGGAAAUAAAAACAAGGGAUAAGUGAACUGAAGUCUUUUUCUUUUUUCCUUUAGUACCAAAUAAGUGAUGCUUUCACACAGGCUUACCUGGUUCCUAUAAAAAUCCACAGAGGGAAAUGUUCAACUGGAUCUACACAGACCUGUUUAGCAUUAUUAGAACAAUAUUAGAUACUUCGUUCUAAAACAUCACAGGGCAUUCUUGUAAAUUAAAGUGUUUUUUACCCUUUUUUUUGUUGAAAAUGCUGUCUCACUACUGCUGAUUGCUCUGCAAAGCCCUUUGUGUCUCAUUUUAAUAUCGCAUUGUGAACGUUAAAAGAAGUCGUGUGUCCAUAUGCAUUAUCAAAACCGUUCCUUAAAGUUAAAAAUUGUGUGUAGAUCUGCCCUCAGAAACAUGUGUCAAAGGAAAGGAAAUAAGGGUUGUUAAGCAGAAGCUGAGCACUCUGCCCUUCUACAUCUCUGCAGGAAGCCAAGGUCUGCAGGGCUUAGACACCCACGCCCAUCCACAAACUUCUCUUGCACAGGUAGUUUUACAAGUUAUGAGCUGCAGAAAGGCCCAGGCCCAAUUCCCGGCAUCUCCAGGUAGAGCUGGGAGACAGUCCUUGCCUGGAACCCAGGAGAGCUGCUGCCAGUCAGUGUAUACAAUACUGAGCUAGAAUGACCAAGGCCUGACUCAGUAGAAGACAUCUUCCUAUGUUGCAGCAGGCUCCCCCUGUUGACUGGCUUUAGAAAUAACAAUUUGGGGAAGUUUUCUUUUUCCAUAGAUUGUGGUACAGUGGUACUUCGGGUUACAGACGCUUCAGGUUACAGACUCCGCUAACUCAGAAAUAGUACCUCGGCUUAAGAACUUUGCUUCAGGGUGAGAACAGAAAUCGUGCUCCGGCAGUGCAGCAGCAGCAGGAGGCCCUAUUAGCUAAAGUGGUCCUUCAGGUUAAGAACAGUUUCAGGUUAAGAACGGACCUCCGGAACGAAUUAAGUACUUAACCUGAGGUACCACUGUAUGUGGUUUUGAUCAAAACCAGGAAGAGCAGCUGUUUGAUGCUGUUUCCAUAUAGAAAUUUGCAUGCAACAGCAGAAGCUAGCUUUCGUUAAAUAAAUACUUGCUUGAAGCACACCUUUAGCUGAAAGGUAUUCAGACUUGGCAGAGCACAAGAAAGCUUCUUUCUUAAGGGAAACACAUUCUGGAUAGGAAAGAGUAGAUCCAAGAUUACCUCUCGUCUCAAAGUCCAGAACAAGUGUGAGCAGAGAGGAGGAGGGAAUUGAGAACAGGAUGCCACCUGAGAUGUAUCGGCCUAAACUUCAAAGGAUGGAGAGAAGUCAGCAUAGAGAUAAAAGUACAGGGAUGCUCUGGGAGUCUGGAGGUCUCUUUCUCUAAACCCCAUGGAAACCCCUCUCAGCAAGUUGAGUGCACCAAAACCUACCAACAGAUGCAACCGUCCACUUAGCUGUUUUUGUUCUUAUUGUUUACCAGGGAGCAAGAUGGCGCCAAGCCAGAAGUGCACGGUCAGGAUGAGCUCCGCAUUCCCCAUUGGCUUUGUGUGGAAGGACCAGUGGCACCCCGUCUUUUGCAGAACGUCCAGCAUGGGGACUGCGGAUGAGAUUAACACUUGCUUGGGGAAAAAGCGGGUUUAUUUCAUGGGAGAUUCAACAGUGCGGCAAUGGCUAGAACAUCUGGAAAACACUGUGGACAGUAGGUUCCCUGAAAAUCUGGCAGAGCACCCACCACCAUUUGCUCAGACACAGACUUGAUGUUGCCGCCUCCUGUUACUCCGGAUCCUUCCCAGGAACAGCUCCUGCCAGCAGGCAGAUGCUGUCUCUCACAAAUAUUGGUUUUCCGUUCUCCAUUUUUAUUUAUUGCACUUAUAUCCCAUCUUUUUCCUCCAAGGGGCUUGAGGCAUGCAGAGUUCUUCCCCUAAAUUAAUCCCCCACAACAACCCUGUGAGGUAGUGAAUGGCCUAACGUCACCUAGGGAGCUUCAGGAUUUGAACCCUGGUCUCCCAGCUCCUAAUCCGACACUCUAACCCAGGCUUCCUCAACCUCGGCCCUCCAGAUGUUUUGAGACUACAAUUCCCAUCAUCCCUGACCACUGGUCCUGCCAGCUAGGGAUCAUGGGAGUUGUAGGCCAAAAACAUCAGGAGGGCUGAGGUUGGAAAGCCUGCACCAGUACACUACCACUGGCUCUUUGAGGAAAGUGGUUCUACAGAUUUUGGGCUGCUGCUUUGCGAUUUCUUGUCACAUAGUUGGUUCAUGCCUGGAAAGAACAAUGCCCAGACUUGGAGUCAAUGGGACCUAGGCAGGGAAGAUUUCCCCAGCUAAUGAGAAAUCCAGGCUGGAAGCAAAUAUAGGCUUAGAUAAUCCUUAUAACCUUACAGUGGGGACAAAUUAACACUUAACAGAUUUUCCAAGGCAGUUCAAGCCUCUGUGGAAUUGAAUGGUAGUUCUCGAAGGCCCAGUACCCCCAUUUUUGGAAUACUGAGGGUAAUGAUGCAAGGGUGCCCUGGAAUCACCCAUCAUGCAAGAGCCGAGUGAGUCAUUUGGGGGCAAGACUAGUGACAACACAUUUUGGAAUUAUGCUCAAUUUAAGGACUUCAGGUGAGAUUUAACAUGUGCUCCAAAGGAAAGCAAUUAUGUCUUAUGGAAAAUCUCACACAGAUGGCGAGUAGUUUGUUCCUCACUAGGCGAAAAGGCAGCAAAAAUUUGUGGGGAACCUUAGCCCCUUUAGAUGUUGCUGAACUGUAAUUCCCAUCACCCCCAGAAGACUUAGUCAAUAGCCAGGAAUGAUGGAAGUUGUAGUUCAAAAACUUCUGGAGGAUUGCAUGUUUCUCACACCCAACUUAACAAGGCAGACUAGGCAGUUAGUGGGCUUUGUGGUAGUCGAGAUACUUUCCAUGAGGCCUUCAGCUCACUAACCACAGCCAUCUACCUCAAGCAUCCACCUGCUGUUAAUCUGGGGGUGGCUACUCUGUGGCCUUCCAGAUGUUAGACUACAAUUCCCAUCAUCCUUGGCUACUGCCCAUACUGAAUAGGGCUUCUGGGAGUUGAAAGUCCAGCAUUAAUCCUUACAGAUCACGGCUGCUACUUUUUCAUUAUCAAAAGUGUCUUGGCACAUGAGAACAGGUCUCCAUGACAAAAUGGCACCCACUCACCUGCGGUAAUCGGUUGUGCAUAUGGCUUUAUCUCCCUAGCAUCAACUUGCACUGAUCCUAUGUCUUUAUUUUGUUGCUAGCCCUAAAACCUUUUGACACCUAUGGGACUGGGAAGCUCCGGAAUCUGCUUUCUAUAGACACGGCCAGGAACAUCCAAGUCCAAUGGAAAAAACAUGGCCACCCCAUCAUUACAGUCCACGAAUAUACCACGAAAGACCACAGCUAUGUUGCUCGAGAGAUUGACAACAUGGCAGGCGACGGAGACACGGUGGUUGUCAUCUCCUUGGGCCAGCACUUCCGUCCCUUCCCCAUCAAGCUCUUCAUUCAAAGGAUGAUCAACAUCCGGGGAGCCAUCCUGUGCCUUCUCCUGAGGAGCCCAGAUACAAAAGUCAUCAUCAAAGCAGAGAACACUCGGGAGAUAGACAUCGACCAGGAGAGAUUUGGUGACUUCCAUGGCUAUGCCCAAUACCUUGCACUAAGGGACAUUUUUCGGGAUCUAAAAGUGGGUUUUGUCGACGCCUGGGACAUGACGGUUGCCUACGGCACAAGCAGUGUCCACCCAGCAGAUCAUGUGGUUGUGAAUCAAAUUAAUAUGCUUUUAACUUACAUCUGUUAAAAGUUACAUCUGUAAAACAUCAACAAUUAAAAACUUCCCUUCUAAAAAUCAAAUAGAUGCUGAUCUGUUUGACUUCUGAUGGGUGGGUGCCACUACAGAGGUGUAUAGAUGCAUCAUAUUGAAGUCUUGGGCAUGGCUAAAAAUUGUCUCCUUGGAUUCUGACCUAAGUGCCUAUACCAGAUGCCUACACCAAGGUGCCUGCAAACUUUUAAGCCUGAAAUCAUCAAGCUGGAAAGACAAGCGAUAUGUCACAUGCUGAGGGGGAGACACAGUAAACAGCACCUUGCCUUGGACUGCUUAGGUGACCUUGAACUAG